AUGGCUGCUGCUUCUGCUGCCGAUGAUGAUAUUUCCAUCUCCAAUAUUUCAGAAGCAAACGUCGAGACUCCAUUGUUGGCGAGUAAUAACGACGUUGUAGAAGGAUACGUCGAUUACAGAGGCCGACCCGCUAGGCGACCCGAUUCCGGUGGAUGGGGAUCUGCAUUCUUCAUCAUCGGGGUGGAGGUGGGAGAGAGGUUUGCAUUUUAUGGGAUUAGUGCUAAUUUGGUUACUUACUUGACGGGUCGACUCGGUCAAUCCACCGCCACCGCGGCGGAGAAUGUGAAUGCGUGGUCCGGCGCGGCACAGCUUCUGCCGGUGUUGGGUGCUUUGAUCGCCGACUCCUUUCUCGGCCGUUACCGUACCAUAAUCCUAGCUUCUGUUCUGUAUAUUUUUGGACUUGGUUUUUUGACCGUCUCAGCGAUUUUACCCCCAAAGUUAUCCAACUGCCGGGAUACAUCAAAUGCGAUGAUAUGUUCUCCACCUCAGAUCCAAGUUAUAAUCUUUUUCGUUUCCUUGUAUCUGGUGGCAAUAGCUCAAGGGAUGCAUAGGCCCUGCGUCCAGGCUUUUGGAGCAGAACAAUUUGAUGCAGAAGAUCCAGGAGAAGCUAAAGCCAAAAGCUCAUUCUUCAACUGGUGGUCUUUUAUUGUUAAUAUAGCCAUUACAGCCACGUUCAUGGUUUUAAGCUAUAUUGAAGAAAAUCUUAGUUGGGGCCUUGGGUUUGGAAUUCCCUGUCUAGUUAUCGGUUUCGCAUUGAUCUUAUUUUUUCUUGGAACUGCUACAUAUCGAUUUCAUGCUACUAGUCACAAGGGGAGCCCCCUUCAGAGACUUGGUUGGGUGUUGAUGAAUGCAGCUAGGAAUUGGAGAAAUUCCUCUUCUGCAAAAUACAUGGAAGAGGGCAACCAGAAGAUUGUGCCUUUUCUUGGUUCUCAAGAAUUCAAGUUUCAGAACAAUUCUUUGGUCGUAUCUGACGAUUCCAUGGAAGAAAGGGAAGAUUGUAAUAUAAAGAAGAUUGAAGAGGCAAAGGCAAUUCUUAGGCUAUUUCCAAUAUUGGUGACAUGUAUGAUUUAUGGAAUCGUGUGUUCACAAUCGUCCACUUUGUUUAUCAAGCAAGGAGCAACAAUGGACAGAUCUAUUGGUGCAACCUUUGAAGUACCAGCUGCUUCUCUACAAUCAUUCAUUUCUCUGUCAGUAGUCGUCUUUGUCGCUAUCUAUGACUGUAUUUUGGUUCCUCUCGCAAGAGCUGUUACCGGAAAACCAUCAGGUUUAACUGUGCUACAGAGAAUCGGAGCUGGACUGUUUAUAUCAAUCCUCAACAUGGUCACAGCUGCUUUAGUUGAAACCAAGCGUCUUCGAACUGCUCAAAUGUACGGGCUGGUUGAGAAGCCAGAGGCAACAGUUCCUAUGAGUGUGCUAUGGUUGAUACCACAAUACAUGUUGUUGGGAGUUUCUGAAGUAUUUGCUAUGGUUGGUCUGCAAGAGUUUUCCUACGAUGAGAUGCCAGCCGAAUUGAAAAGCACUGGUCUUUCUCUUUAUCUUUGUGUCUUUGGAAUAGGGAGCUUUAUUAGCAGCUUUCUCAUCUCUGUUAUUGAGAAGAUCACUAGCAGAGACGGAGGCAAUAGUUGGUUCUCCGACAACUUGAAUCAGGCACACCUUGAUUAUUUUUACUUGCUGCUAGCUGGACUAAGUGCUGCAGCAUUUACAGGAUUUCUGUUUGCCGCGAAGUCUUACGUGUAUAAUGCGUCUCAGACCUAG